GAAAAACAAGAAAAAAAAAUAUUCUGAACCAAUGGACUGCAGACACACAGUACAGGAGAUGACCAGAGACUGCAGACACAGUACAGGAGAUGACCAGAGACUGCGGACACAGUACAGGGAGAUGACCAGAGACUGCGGACAUAGUACAGGAGAUGACCAGAGACUGCGGACAGUACAGGGGAUGACCAAAGACUGCGGACACAGUGCAGGGGAUGACCAGAGACUGCGGACACAGUACAGGGGAUGACCAGAGACUGCGGACACAGUACAGGAGAUGACCAGAGACUGCGGACACAGUACAGGGAUGACCAGAGACUGCAGACACAGUACAGGAGAUGACCAGAGACUGCUGACACAGUACAGGAGAUGACCAGAGACUGCAGACACAGUACAGGAGAUGACCAGAGACUGCGGACA